AAAUAUUAGUAUAGAAUUUUUGUUUUUGCUAGAAACAAAAAUGAAAUCAAUGAAGACUUCGUGGGCCGAUGAGGUGGCUGAGGACUACGUGGAUGGGCUGCCACCUACCCAGGUGACCACGGAUGGCAACACUAAAUAUGUCACCGAGUACAAGUUAAAUGAGGAAGGCAAGAAAGUGAAGGUGGUCCGCACCUAUAAAAUUCAGAAGCAGACCGUGCCCAAGGCCGUGGCUAAUCGCCGCAAUUGGUUGAAGUUCGGGGACUCGAUUGAGGACAAGCCCGGUCCAUGUCCACAGACCACCAUGGUCGCUGAGGAGGUGCAGAUGGUAUUCCUUGGCCCUAAGAAGCUCGAGAAGGCACAAGAGCCUCAGAUGGAGCCGCCCAAAAGAAUCGCUAAGUGCCGCAUCUGCAAUGGCGAACACUGGUCCGUGAACUGCCCCUACAAGGGAACUUCCAUGGACAGCAAGACUUUGAUGGAGAGCAAGGCCACAGCGGCGGCCACCGCUGCCGUCAGUGAUACCUCCAAGACGCUAAAAUAUGUGCCGCCUUUCCUGAAGGCGGGUGGCUCUACGAGCAAUGGCUCUGUAGUAGGAGGCAAGGCCUGUGACCGCAACCGCUUGGGUGUGCGAAUCUCCAACCUGUCCGAAUCGAUGACCGAGGCCGAUCUGGAGGAGCUGGUGAAGAAUUUCGGACCCUACAACAAGCUGUACCUGGCACGCGAGCCGAACACUGGGCUCUGCAAGGGUUUUGCCUUUGUUAACUUCAAGUUCCGCCAGGAUGCCGCCGCUGCCAUCGAAAUUCUCAACGGCUAUGGCUACGAUCACCUGAUCCUCUCUGUGGAGUGGUCCAAGCCGCAGCCCUAAAGGCGGAAUCGCCAUUAACUUUCAUUUAAUCUCCGU